UGGGCUAAUCGAGCUUUCUACAGAUCUCUGUGGAGCUUAGCCGCUGAGCUAGCUCACGACACCGGUUGUAUUUUAUUUGAAAAUGGCAGAGAAAAAAAAUAAUUCGAGUUCGAGUACAAAUUUACUUUUCUCUACGGCACCACAGUUAAAUUUCAAUUUACCUUUCAUUCCUGUCAGUCAAGCUUGUGGUCCUGCGGUAUUAUCAGGAGAUGAUUCCGCAGAUGUUGGAGAAGAAGACAGUUUUCUCGGCCAGAGUUCCGGAGUUGCGCCACAGCCGUCUACCCUGAACUACUUCUCCAGCCCGGCCAAUAGCAACGACCCGUUUGCUUCCAUCGGGGCUCGGCCCGCCCCUCCCGUGUCUCAGUUCAGCCCUGCGGUCACGGUGCCGGCGUGCGCCCCUUCCGUGCCAAACGCCGCCCCCCUCGCCUCUGUCCCCCAGAGCGCCCCGGUCUCCCAGUUUCUCAACUCACAGCAGAGCCCCCCGGCCUCCCAGUUCCUGAAUGCGCAACAGUGCCCCCCUGUGUCCCAGUUUGGCACUGCGGUUUUUCAGAGCGCGCCACCGGGCUGCACUCCUCCCCUGAGCGCCGCGUCCGCUCAGACCCCGCCGCCUCAGGGGUACAACCCUUACCGCCACACCCCCGUGAGCAGCCGGGCGAACCCCUACCUGGCCCCCCCCGAACUGCAGCAGCACCAUGUCCCGCUGCAGCACGCGGCUUUCCCCCCCCAGGCCCCCCCCAGUGCUGCACCCGCCUUCUCACAGCCCGGGAUGCCCCCUCUCACACAGGGUCCUCCCAGCAUUGCAGGUCCCCUGGUCCCAGCCCCACCCACCAUUCCUUAUACCUAUGCGGUGUAUGAGCCAGUCCAGCCUCACUGGUUUUUCUGCAGACACGUGGAGUCCAAGAACAUCUGGCUGCCGUUCAGCGUCCUGGACUCCGUUCAGCUGGAGGAGACGUUUAACUCUGUCCAGCCGGAUCCGGAGAGCGUGGUGGUGCGCACAGACGGGGGGCGCUACGACGUGCAGCUGUACGACCGCCUGCGCAGCGCCGUCUUCUGGGAGGAGGAGCCCUCCGAGGUGCGCCGCUGCACCUGGUUCUACAAGGGAGACACCGACAGCCGCUUCAUCCCCUACUCGGAGGAGUUCAGCGACAAGCUGGAGGGUGAAUAUAAGAAAGCCGUGUUCACAAAUCAGUGGCACCGACGACUGGAGUUUCCUACGGGGGAAACGAUUGUAAUGCACAAUCCCAAGGUGAUCGUGCAGUUCCAGCCCUCCGCUGUGCCGGACGAAUGGGGCACCACGCAGGACGGCCAGACCAGGCCCCGCGUCGUCAAGAGGGGGAUCGACGACGACCACGAUGAAAUUCCCGACGGUGAGCUCCCUCAGGCGGAUCACCUGGUGUUUAUGGUGCACGGCAUCGGCCCGGUCUGUGAUCUCAGGUUCAGGACGAUGGUGGAGUGCGUGGAUGACUUCAGGAGUGUUUCUCUGAAGCUGCUGCAGAGUCAUUUCCACAAAGCGCAGGAGGAGCAGCUGGUCAGCCGUGUGGAGUUUCUGCCUGUUCAGUGGCACACGGCUCUCCAUGGCGACGCCACCGGAGUGGACAGGCGGAUUAAGAAGAUAACCCUGCCCAGUACGGGCCGCCUGCGCCACUUCACCAACGAGACGCUCCUGGACGUGCUCUUCUACAACAGCCCCACCUACUGCCAGACCAUCAUGGACAAAGUGGCCCUGGAGAUCAACCGCCUGCACGCCCUGUUCAUGGAGAGGAACCCGGAAUUCACCGGGGGAAUCUCUGUGGCAGGCCACAGCUUAGGCUCUCUCAUCCUGUUUGAUCUGCUGUCCAAUCAGAAGACUGCCUUCCCAUCACAUGUCCCUGCACCCUCUGAGCAGAAGCCUGUGGAGGAGAAACAGGCUGCGAGCUCAGUCUCGCAGACAAACGGCACAGCGGGCCAGCCGGUGGUGGAGGAAGCCGCUGGGGAGGAAGAGGAGGAGUUUCCAAACCUGACCGCCGUUCUGGAGCACCUCAGCCUCACCGACUACCUCAGCACUUUGGAGAAAGAGCAGAUCGACAUGGAGUCUCUGCUCAUGUGCACAGUGGAUGAUCUGAAAGAGAUGGGCAUCCCACUCGGGCCAAGGAAAAAGAUUGCCAAAUUUGUGAAGGAACGGGCCAGCAAACAGGAGAAGGCAGCACAGAGAGCACUUGUUGCUCCGCCUGCUCCACAGGCCCCCCUCACCCAAUCAGAGCCAACCCCACCACCCUCUUCCAGCCAAUCAGAGCCCACUCCAAAGAUCCUCUCAGUCAGUGGAGCGGUCUCUUCCGUGCAUGUCGACUACAACUACUUUGAAGUUGGCACAGGACAGGUCUCUGUGGUCUACCACACUCUGGACUUCCAUCCGGUCAACUUCUUUGCUCUGGGCUCCCCCAUUGGCAUGUUCCUGACCGUUCGAGGAUUGGAGAGAAUCGAGGAGACCUACCAGCUGCCCACCUGCAGGGGUUUCUUCAACAUCUACCACCCGUUGGACCCGGUGGCCUACAGAAUCGAGCCCUUGAUUGUUCCUGACCUGGAGCUGAAGCCUGUGCUCAUCCCCCAUCACAAAGGCAGGAAGAGGUUGCACCUGGAGCUGAAGGAGAGCCUGACUCGGAUGGGCUCGGACCUGAAGCAGGGCUUCCUCAGCUCUCUGAAAACAGCCUGGCAGACGCUCAAUGACUUCGCCCGUGCCCACACCUCCUCCCCACAGCUGCAGGCGGAGCUCGAGAAGGUGGCCAAUCAGAUCAAGGAGGAGGAGGAGAAGCAGGAAGUCGCCGUAGACAAGCUGGUGGAAAGCCCGGACUCCUCCAAGGAGGAGGACCCGCUGGUGAAGAUCGGCAUGCUGAACGGCGGAAGGCGCAUCGACUACGUCCUGCAGGAGAAGCCCAUCGAGAGCUUCAACGAGUACCUGUUCGCCCUCCAGAGCCACCUCUGCUACUGGGAGUCUGAAGACACAGCACUUUUGAUUCUGAAGGAAAUCUACAAAACCAUGGGAAUAUAUCCUGAACAAACCCAUUGACGCACACUCGAUGCUUGUACAAUCGAUUUACAGUUGCUGUGACUUCAGCUCAGCCUAUCCAGUUUGAGCUCUGUAGAGUCAUUCACAUUUAGUAUACUGUGGAGGUAGGUUGAUUAACCCAAUACCUUCUUUUUUGUAUUUUUUAUUUUGUAUUCCAGUUUUCCUAAAUCUAAUGUAUUAAGAUAUAUCCAUCUGUAUUUUGUCCUCCCCCCCCCCCCCCCCCCAAAAAAGAAAAAAAAUUAACAUUUCAGGUGAGUUGCUGUAGAAAUGUUAUUUUGAUCAUGUAAAAUAAAACAACAGAUUGAGGGUUUGGAAUAUCGCUUGUAGUCAAUCCACCAAUUUGUAUCAAAAUCAUUAUUAUUGCUUUUAUUUCUGCAUUACUAGUGACCAAUCAUUGCCUUUGGAUGUGUUAUUGAGUUAUCCUACUCGUAGGAUAUAGUUUGCUUGGCUGGCCAUGGAGUCAUGCAAUAAAGACUUUAAUAACAUACGUGUUCUAUGGCUGAUUGCUUAUCCAGUUUGGAGUGAAGUGAUCUAUGAAAUUUGUGUUUGAUCCAUGCAGGUAUGGAUUGCGAUUGGUAACAUGUGGUUUCAUAUUUUAAAAUGUAAUUUCCUGGUCAGAAUGAACAUUUUGGUCAUGGAAUGCCACUUUGUUCACACAAAGGGACUGUUGAGAUUGAGAAAGGGACCAUGAUAUGAAAUGGGUAAGAAAGUGAGCCUCACAGCUGCUACAGGACUCUUUAAAACGCAAUGACUGCCUUGGCUGGUGUCUGUGCAUUGUUUUGUUUACAGAGAAAUGCAGUGAAGUGCUCCUGUCCUGUUACUCCUGGAUCAAUGUAGUAUUUUGGUGACUUUUUAAAAAUAAAGGCUAAUCAUUA